CAAGGCCAGAUUGGUUGCAAAGGGAUAUAAACAACAAUAUGGAAUUGAUUAUGAAGAAGUAUUUGCUCCAGUUGCUCGAUUGGAGACAGUAAGAUUACUUAUCUCUCUAGCAGCUCAAAUGAAAUGGAAGAUUUUACAAAUGGAUGUCAAAUCAGCAUUUCUUAAUGGAGUUCUUGAAGAAGAGGUAUAUAUUCAACAACCCCUUGGUUUUAUUAUUCAAGAACAAGAAGACAAAGUAUACAAGUUAAAGAGAGCUCUUUAUAGGCUUAAACAAGCCCCACGAGCAUAGAAUUCUCGAAUAGAUACUUAUUUUAUUCAAAAUGGUUUUUCUAAAUGUCCACAUGAACAUGCUCUCUAUACGAAAUCUAACUCUAAUGGAGAUAUCUUGUUUGUAUGCCUGUACGUAGAUGAUUUAAUAUUUACAGGCAAUAGUAGCUCCAUGAUUAAAGAUUUUAAGCACUCUAUGAAAAAGGAAUUUGAGAUGACCGACUUGGGCUUAAUGACUUAUUUCCUUGGUAUCGAAGUUAUCCAAGAUAAUGGAGGAAUUUUUAUCUCACAAGAAAAUUAUGCAAAGGAGGUUUUAAAGAAGUUUUUCAUGGAAGAUUGUCAUCCUACAGAUACACCUAUUGAAUAUGGCACCAAGUUGACCAAGGAAGGUGAAGGUACAUACAUUAAUCCAACUUAUUUUAAAAGUCUAGUUGGAUGUUUAAGGUAUUUGACAUGCACUCGACCUGAUAUACUAUUUGGAGUUGGUUUAAUAAGUAGAUUUAUGGAAGUUCCAAAGACAUCUCAUUUAAAUGUCGCUAAAAGAAUUUUGCGAUAUAUCAAAGGAACAAUUGAGUAUGGAAUGUUCUAUUCAUCAUCUAAAAAGUUGGAGCUCAUUGGAUAUAGUGAUAGUGAUUGGGCCGGAAGCUACGAUGAUCGGAAGAGUACAACUAGAUUUGUAUUUUAUUUUGGUAAAGCUACAUUCACUUGGUCUUCAAAAAAGCAACGAAUCGUUGCUCUAUCAAGUUGUGAAGCAGAAUAUAUAGCAGCUUCUUCUAGUGUUUGUCAUGCAAUAUGGCUAAGAAGAUUACUCCAAGAACUUCAUAUGCCACAGGAGAAGUCAACCAAGAUUUAUGUUGAUAACAAAUCAGCUAUUGCCUUAGCCAAGAAUCCUGUCUAUCAUGAAAGAUCGAAGCAUAUCGAUACAAGAUUUCAUUUCAUAAGAGAUCAUAUAAAAAAUAAAGAAGUGAAGAUACAUCAUGUCAAGACAAGUGAACAAGUGGCUGAUAUACUCACAAAACCUCUUAAAUUUGAAAUAUUUCAACAACUUCGAAGAAAACUUGGUAUGCUGGAUGGAACAAGUUUAAGAGGGGAGAAUAAGAUUGAAAGCUUGUCAUACUCUUCCUCUAUUUUGAUAACUCCAUCCCCUCUUCCUAUCAACAUCAACACUAUCGCCAUUUGA